GGGCAGGCCGCGUCGCCAUGGCGACAGCACGGCGCUGCGGCCAUGGCGGAGGAGGAGGAGGAGACGGGCCAGGAUGACCUAGUAGCUGAAAUUGAGAAAAAGAUUACAGAAGCUUUUGAGGUGUUUGACCGUGAAUCCAAUAACACCGUGGAUGAAAGGGAGAUUGGUUGCAUUAUCAGGUCGCUGGGUUGCUUCCCAAAUGAGGCAGAAGUACAGGAACUGCUUGACAAGAUGGAAGUAGAAGAACCGGGUGGAUUCGUUCAUCUGGAAAAAUUUCUUCCAGUGAUGACAAAAGUUCUACUUGACAGAAGAUUCCGGCCUAUUCCAGAAGAUGUCAUUGUCCAUGCAUUUGAGGCUUUGGAUGAGAAUAAACGUGGAUAUAUUACCAAAGAGGACCUGGUCAAACAUUUGACUGAAGGAGGUGAGCCCUUUACUCAGGAGGAAAUGGAGGACAUGCUUGCCAUUGCUCUAGAUCCAGAAACAAAUACCCUUCACUACAGAGACUACCGUACAAAGCUGGUAGUAGAUGAAACUAAGACCUUCCCCUUUAAUGUCUGAGAUGCCUUUUGGUAACAGCACCAUGGCUUGACAGAUAGUUGAAAUAUGUAUUUUAAAGCAUAACAAGCUCAGCUUGUGACUUGGUGCUUAUAAUUGAAAUAAAAUCUGUGUAGUUACGUUUCCUUG